GCAUGCAUUUUGUCCUCACUACUGUUUAAAACGCUAGUCAAUUCUCAUUCUUUUUCACCCAAACCAAAACUCUCUCCCAAACCCUAAACAAAGAUGGCCUCAAAACGGAUCAACAAGGAAUUGAAGGAUUUGCAGAAGGAUCCUCCUGCUUCUUGCAGUGCUGGCCCUGUAAAAAAUGACAUGUACCAUUGGCAAGCGACAAUUAUCGGCCCACCAGAUAGCCCAUAUGCUGGAGGUGUGUUUGCAUUGAACAUUCAUUUCCCUAAAGACUAUCCUUUCAAUCCACCCAAGAUUACAUUCCGCACAAAGGUUUACCACCCUAAUAUCAACAAUAAUGGUAGUAUUUGUCUUGACAUUCUCAAAGAGAGUUGGAGCCCUGCCUUGACAAUAUCCAAGGUCAUCUUAAGAUUUCAUAGUAGCUUUUUGGUUUGGGUUUUGUUUUCAAUUUCAUUUUCAUUUUCUUAUGUUUUAUUUUUGCAGGUUCUACUAUCUAUUUGUUCUCUGUUGACUGAUCCCAACCCAGAUGAUCCUCUUGUCCCUGAUGUUGCUAGAAUGUAUAAGAGUGACAGAUCUAAGUAUGAGGCUACUGCUAGGUUAUGGACCCAGAAAUAUGCCAUGGGUUAGGCCCAAUAUAUUCUACACUUUCUCUAUACUAGUAUAAGAACCUUGUGUAUUGCUUGGGGAGAAACUCAUUCAAAUAAUAUAUACUAUUUACGAUAUAUAAUUUAUUGCCAUCUUCAG